AUGCCCCAGUCGAGAGCUGCGACAUACUUUGCGGAAUUUGAAGAUUCGAAAUUCCUUGGGAGAAUCCGCUGGGGAGAAAAAUUGUGGCGGGAUAACGCCACAAAGCUACUUCCAUCGUGGAUGUUGCGGCUGACGGAAGGCAAUGGGUACAGUGGGCAGUAUGGCACAGAUUUAAUAUACAACACUCAAGAUCAAACGAUUGUGGAGUGGUCUAAUGUAGGACGAAAGGAGUGGGAUGAAUCACCCGUAAGACCCGCAGAAACAGUAUUGGACGGGAUCAUAGUCAGGUUCCAGAACCUGGAGUGGAUACCCUACUGGAAUCCAGAUUCCUCCGACGAACCACCGCUACGGAAGAUCUUGGAAGAUCCAAUCAUCUUCCAGAACAUUUGGCCUGGCGGCAUUCGUCUACCUUCUAAUACCAUAGACGCAAUCGACACCUUGCGAGCGCAGAUCGGAUCUGAAGGCGCGAAUAGUCUUAGGGAGCAAACUAACAUAUUGCGGGCCUUCCAGGAAAUGUACCGCACCUGCAGUUGGGGCUCUAAUGACUUUGACGGCGAACUCUUCGACCACAAACGGGUUCGAGAGUGUCUAGGAUACUUGGUCAGCACCCAAUUAGUGAGGAACAUGCAGCAGCGCAAAGAGCUGGCUUAG